GUCGUAGAUUUUACAUGGAGAACGCGGCAAAAAGCGACGUUCAAGUUCUGUGUCAUAAAAGUGGCCAAAACCCGGCUUUAGUGGAGAAGAAUGAAGCCCAAACUCAUUUGACUCCGGAUAGCGACAUCCAGCAGCUGGAGCUCUCUUCGCCGGCUGCCGAUGCACCAAAGCCCGGGAAGCAACCAGUUUUGAGUCGAAAGCAAAAUCGGGUUGUCGAUAGAGAGGAAGAAGCGGUAGUGUCAUCGUCGACUAGUCCAAGCGACAAACGUUACAAAAGAUCAGAAUCGCCUCCUGAGUCUGAACUACCACGGCAUCGAAACGAAGUAUUACAUCAUCAGUUACGUCAUCAGUCGACCCUGGAAGCACCAACAAGCACAACGUCUUUCGAAGAUGAAGAAAAGCGGAGCAACUCGGGGAAAGGGGGACGCGGAUCGUCGAACAUUGUCUCGAAACCACAAGGGUGUACCACCUCUACAGGAAAAAUGAAAGAAGAGAUCACUUCAAACCAACGAACAGCCACGGACAAACACCAGUUUACGAAACCGUCACCUAGCAACAGAAACAUGACAUCAUCAAAUUUAGGGAACACUUGCAAUGGAGACGAUCGACGCUACCCCAUCAACUCGCAUUUGCCAGUCGAUUCGCAACUUAGAGACGGGAGAUAUCCCUUCGAUCCUCGGCACAUGCACACUGCUCCUGGUGUCAGCGGAAGUCCAAUUCACUCAGAUGUGUCUCUGAUUCCAAUGUCCCCUCAGCAGAACACGAACCCGUUUAACUAUAAUUCAUCACUUGAGUUCUACAUGGGUGGAUUAUCCCAAGGUGGCCUCAGAUCGCCAACAAUGUCCAUGUUAUCGCAAGCAAGGAACCUCAGUCCCCACCAUUCAAUUCAAGAGCUUGAAAAGUUGUGCUACCCUUACUACUCACCCCAUCAAAGUAACAUGGCGGUGAACAGUGCACAACAGGGUUCAAAUCAAGGCUUAGCGGGGAAUUUUUCGCAAAACAUAAACCAGCUGGCAUACUACCAAUUGAUGCAGCAGCAACAGCGACUUCUUGCGGUGGCAGCUCGGAAUGAUAGGAACCUCGCGCUGUCGCUAGAGAAGCAGGAAGAACUUGGCCGAUUUCCGAGUCCACUGUGCAGGUCUCGCGCUCGGAAACGUCCUCUCUCCAUCUCUCCCUGCUUCUCUGACACUGGUCUUGACAUCACAGCAAUGAUCCGGACUUCCCCUAAUUCGCUACUUCCUUUCGGAGGUAUUGCAAACUCCCGUAGUUCAUCGGUGGCAAGCGGUGGCAGCUACGGACAUCUAGCGGCAGGUGGAAUCAGCCCAACGUUCGGCUACCAAACUCCUAUGAUGACGUCACCACAGCACUUACAUGCUCAUUUACUAUCACGUCAAAUGCAAUCUUCCUUCGCUAGUCAACUCCUCCCUGGUUUUGCCCCUAACCAGAUCUCCUUAGAUAAAUCGGCUUCAAGAUUCGAUCCGAAUAUUUCCGGCAGAAAUUUCCACCCGCACGUUGGCGCUAGUGCUGCGUCUAAAGACAUGUGUAACUCCCAUCUUGACAAUAAGAAUUUCAAUAAACAUCAAAUAGAGACGCAGAGCCCGAACGUUCAAUUCAACAACAACAACAACAACAAUAAUAACUCAGGUGUUUCUCCUGGCGCACAUGCUGGCAACGACGAAAACGACGUAGUGUACGACACCAAUUGCUUUUGGGAAAACUGUUCGCUUGAGUUUGAUACCCAGGAACAGCUAGUUCACCAUAUUAACAACGAUCAUAUACAUGGCGACAAAAAGGAGUUCGUAUGCCGGUGGAGAGGUUGUGCCCGAGACCAAAGACCUUUCAAAGCACAAUAUAUGUUAGUUGUGCAUAUGAGAAGACACACGGGCGAAAAGCCGCACCGUUGCACGUUCGACGGAUGCACCAAAGCAUAUUCAAGGUUGGAAAACCUUAAGACCCAUCUACGUUCCCACACUGGUGAGAAACCUUACGUGUGUGAGUACCCGUCCUGUACCAAGGCAUUCAGUAACGCAUCCGACAGAGCCAAGCAUCAAAAUCGAACCCAUUCAAACGACAAGCCAUACGCAUGCAAACAAGCGGGUUGCACGAAGCGUUACACUGAUCCUAGCUCUCUUCGUAAACACGUCAAGACCGUACAUGGGCCUGCAGCACACGUGACUAAACGCAUGAAAGCGGAACAAGAAAGGAAUGGCAAGAGAACAGGACAAAAUAUAAAGCAGGAACCAGGGUUGGAUAAGGAGAAGCAAAAAGACGACGGAUCGGGGACGAAAACAAGUUGCCACCCGCUGUCACCCGGCUCAAACCCGCCAUCUAACGACCAAAAUCCCCCUAGCAACAUGAACCCCAGAAGCAACCAAUCAUCGUGCACUUCCGGUUCUGACGUAUCUGUGACGCCACAAAAUUCCCCGCAUAUGACGUCACAAAACAAUGACUCGGGAGUUGACGUCAAUGUGGGCGGGAAUGAAGGUGACAGCGAUGGUGAUAUAGUGGUCGAUGAAAAUCCACAACCGGAUUCAACGUCUGGGGGUGUCGGUGUACAAAGCAGGCACCGUGGGACGGUACGAGCCUCUAUGGUGCCACGCCUGGUCAACAAGAAGAUGCAGAAUCUGUCACUUGGGGGAUUAAGCCCAAACGUCGAGUCCUACGUUGACAUUGGUGGCUAUGACGAUCAACGAAAACUCGGAAUGAACAAAUCCGAAAGUUUUACCGAAGUUUCCUCAACCACUGCCUUCCCUGCCAAGCAAAAGAGCACCACCUACCCGAGGAAGCUUCCUCUAACUCCCCAUCGGCAGGUGGCGUUGUUAAAUCAAGAUAGAAGGGAUAGUGGUACCGUUAGCGAUGGAAGCAGAAAAUCGUCGAUGGCUUCACAAAACAGUCGCCGUUCUAGUCAGAACACUGGGUUUAACGUUGCUGGUUCUUACGACCCAAUCUCACUUGAUUCUUCGAGACGAUCAAGCGCAAACUGUGGUUCAGGUUCGUCCACGAUCAAUGCAUUCCAUCUCCACCGUUUAAGGUCAAGAUUCAACGAGGACGCAGGUCUUCCCCCACCCACCCCUCUGGACAGAGAAGGUUAUACAAAAAGCCAACUCAGUCGAUGGUUCAAAGACGAGCAACCAACCGUGGACCCCGCUGGUUACCAGUUCAACCCCCAAGCCCGACCGUCCCUGCCACAAAUGGGACCCCCGAAACCCCCAGAAGUUCGACGGCGCAGUGAAGGUGCGCAAUCAAGGCCUUCACGUACUCCACUGCCACAGCACCUGGGAGGCAACGCUUUCCGAAGAGCAAGCGACCCAAUUCGUAAUUCACCGCAGGUUGACCCGAAUAGACUACCGAGUGUACAGCGUUACAACAGCUGGAACAACGUGAACCCACUGCCUAGUAUCAAACCACAGAGAAGCAACAACACGAGUACUUCGCAGUACAACGUACCCAACCAACAACAUGUACAUCUGCAAAGACAACGGUCGGAAAGCAAUGGCAGCUACUAUAAUAGUGAGAGUGGUUAUCGCAGCAACGGUAGCAACAUGGCCAUACACCAGCCCAACUAUCAGGUCAACGAGCAAGUGAUGAUGGAAAAUUUCAACAAUGACGUCAUGAGUCAUGACGUCACUUUUAACGGUCCUAUGUACGGAGGUAACCAGCACAUGCAGAUUCCUAACAUGGCACAUCCUCAACAAAUGAUGACGUCACCAGGGUCUGUGGGUGCGAUGACGUCAUCACACCAACGAUACACCCCACAGAGACAGAACUUCCCGCAAAACCCCAAUUUCCACGGGUUUUCUAACCAGGAUAGAGGCUCGAACAGGAACGCACCGAACAAUAUACAGCAGAACCAAUAUUACUCCAACCCGCAGAUGAAUAGUAAUCCACAAACUGCCCAACAAAUGCACAAUCCCCACGGCCCUGACAUGAGGCAUGGGGAAAUGAUGCAACGUAACAUACCGCAGCAGUUUAUGAACCCGGAGUUCAUGAAUAUGGCUUACAACAACAACCACGCACCGUCCCCUUACGCAACGCAGCGUCAAGCCACGCAAAACCAAGGACGAUCUCCCCACGUUAUAAACUCUGGAAAUAUGACAGUCCAGAACAAUCACACCCAACAGGGACAUUCGUCCAAUCAAAUCACGCCACGCCCCCCAGUCAGCUCCACGUCAUCCAAUCAGAAUCGAAUUCGUCUGCAGCGGAUACGUCAGCACAGCGGUGCGGGUAGUGUGACGUCAUACAACCAACCUACGAGGCCUGUGACGUCAGAAAGUGGUGGACAAGGACGUAUUAACUAUACACCUGAUGCACAGAUUCCGGAUGAGUUCUUACAACAAGAAUUCAUUGACAGGAUCCCAGUCCUCCAACCUAACAGCAACAGAGGAGGAGAACCAAACGAUAACCAACCGUACGUUAAGAUGGCAGCUGACAGCACGACGGGGCCGGAUAUGGAACAACUCAACGGUUUCCAUGACAACGAUGACGCAAUGAGUGGGACGAACACUGACGUCACACUCCCACCGAUGUCAGCGUUUUCGUCGCGAAUGGCCACGCCUAUGAUGGGUAAGUACCCGCCGCAAAUUCCGACCAAUCAGCACCCAGCAUCAAACAUGGCAAUAAACAGCAUGAGUUCGAUGCUUUCAACGCUUGAGGAAGAGAACAAAUACCUUAGUCUUAUUCCCCAGUGAUGCCUGACAGAUUUACAAUCAAAAUUCCAGUGAUGACCAACCGAAUUUGUACUGCCACCGAAACAAACAAAUGACAUUUUAAAAUUUGUAUUUCGUAUUUGUACCUUUUACUAGUCGUUCCAAAAUGCCAUUUUUAUCGAGCUGUCUACCAGCAAGCCUAUGCUGUUAUUUUGCCUUAUGUGUCCUCUGCCAUUUUCGCCAUUCCGCUGCUAACUCGUUCCGAGCGUGUUCCUCGUGUUUUGUAAAUUCGUCCGGUUAUGUAAAUACGCGCUGCUGUAUUCCCGCAAGUUUAUUUUCAGGCACAACAUAAACUACGACCAAAACACGAAGCACUGUCAUGCCUCGCGUUGCCCAAAAUAUCCCAGACAACAUA